AGAUGGUGGGGACUGGGGAGGCUCAAACCUGAAUUUGAGGUCAAUCCACUUUGCAAAUAAAUUCUGGUCAACACAAACAGAGCUGAACAGAUCUUCUCUCAGAUAAGAACUGAAGAACACAACCUGCAUCAAGAUGUUGAAGAUGUUGGUACCAGUGGUUUUAUUUUUCUGUCUGCUCUCUCUGAAACCAGCAGCUACUGAAGUGGGUCUUGGUGGUAAAGUGCUUGUGUUUCCAACUGAGACUGAUACCAGCUUUGUUAAACUCACUCCUAAAAAGUCACUGAAUCUUUCAGCAUUUACUCUCUGCAUGCGCGUUGCGACGGAGCUCCAGGGCAAGAGGGAGAUCAUUCUGUUCGCAUACCGUACGUUUAACAUCGACGAGCUGAACCUGUGGAGACAGAAGGACGGUCGUGUGGUCUUGUAUAUUCAGUCUAGUAGAGAAGGAGCAUUUUACCAUCUCCCUCCUCUCUCCACAUUCCAGACCCACCUGUGCGUCACCUGGCAAUCUGCGACUGGUCUUACUGCCUUCUGGGUGGAUGGACGUCGCAGUGUAUUCCAGAUCUAUAGAAAAGGUUACUUAAUUCGUCCUGGUGGCACCGUCCUGCUCGGUCAGGACCCUGAUGCAUUUGCGGGUUCCUUUGACGCAAGUCAAAGCUUUGUAGGAGAAAUUACAGAUGUGCAAAUGUGGGACUAUGUUCUCUCUGGCAGUCAGAUUAAGGCGGUUUAUUCAAACCAAGAAACAUAUGUGAAGGGAAACGUGUUUGACUGGAACACCAUCAAAUAUGAGAUUAUUGGCAAUGUGCUAGUGACUCAGAAUAACUGAUUGUGAUCAGUUGCAAUGUCACAUAAACAUUGUACAAAGCUGUAAAGGCUAACCAAUAAAAAAAAAAAAUUGUGAGCAUUACAA